AAAAAAGAAAAUUAAUGUGAUUUUAUUUAUUUAUUUUUUCUCUUCAUCUUUCUCUCUGUUCUGUUGCUUUAGUUCUUACAGCUAAGAGAUCUGGAAAUGGCAAUUUAGUUCCACUGUUACUGUAAGGUGAAACGUGUCUAAUUUAGAUCCACUGAGAGAGAAAGAUGGGAGGAGGAUAUGCUUUGAGGUCGGCUUUUGAUUCGAAAUCAGGGCAGCUAAUAAUGGUUGCUUUGUUGUUAAUGGUGGGCUCAUUCUACUUUGGCACUCUCUUUGGCAACAAUGGUUCUAUUUAUAUAUAUAACUUCUCCUCCUCUAAUUCCUCUUCUCCUUCUUCCUCUGGUAGCUACACAUUUUCCAAUAAAAUUGCUCUUGCCAAUCGGAGAACACCAUUGGUUAUCCCAGAAAAUGGGAUGAACAUAUGUCCCCUGAAGUUCAAUGAGCAUAUUCCUUGCCAUGAUGCGACUUAUGUCACAACUUUGCUUGAAAGCUUAGACCUUUCUAGGCGAGAAGAGUUAGAGAAGCAUUGCCCUCCACCUGAAAAGCGUUUAUUUUGCUUGGUGCCACCACCAAAAGAUUAUAAAUUGCCAAUAAAAUGGCCAACCAGCAGGGAUUAUGUGUGGCGGAGUAAUGUAAAUCAUACACGCCUUGCAGAAGUCAAAGGAGGACAAAAUUGGGUGCAUGAAAAGAAUCAGCUAUGGUGGUUUCCUGGUGGUGGUACUCAUUUCAAGCAUGGAGCACCAGAGUACAUUCAGAGGUUAGGAGAUAUGAUAACUAGUGAAACAGGUGAUCUACGCUCAGCUGGGGUUGUUCAAGUUUUGGAUGUUGGCUGUGGGGUUGCUAGCUUCUCAGCCUAUCUUAUUCCCUUAGAUAUACAGACAAUGUCCUUUGCUCCCAAAGACGGUCAUGAAAAUCAGAUCCAAUUUGCUUUAGAACGGGGAAUUGGUGCUAUGAUAUCUGCCAUUGCCACAAAGCAACUACCUUAUCCCUCUAGCUCUUUUGAUUUGGUUCACUGUUCAAGGUGUCGUGUUGAUUGGCAUGAGAAUGAUGGUAUUUUACUGAAAGAAAUUAAUCGUCUCCUGCGACAAAAUGGAUAUUUUGUCUAUUCAGCUCCCCCUGCGUACAAGAAGGAUAAAAAUUAUCCGCAGAUUUGGGAAAAGUUGGUAAAUCUGACUUCAGCAAUGUGCUGGAAACUCAUUGCUCAAAAAGUUCAGACAGCAAUUUGGGUUAAAGAAGAAAAUGAGUCCUGCCUAAUGCGCAAUGCAGAACUGAAGCUUAUAAAUGUAUGUGCUACUGUGGAUGACAUUAAACCAUCGUGGAAUACACCACUACAGAAUUGUAUACGAAGAAUAGGCGAGCGAGUAAAUCCUCAGAAACUCCCUCUCAUGCCAGUGCGUCUCUCCAUAUAUUCUGAGAGUCUCAUCAGAAUAGGGAUCAGUAAAGAAGACUUUGCUUCAGAUGCCAUCUUCUGGCAAAAACAAGUCAGCAACUACUGGAAGCUGAUGAAUGUCAGUGAGACAGAUAAUCGAAACAUCAUGGACAUGAAUGCUUUUGUUGGUGGGUUUGCAGUGGCUUUGAACACAUUGCCUGUUUGGGUGAUGAAUAUUGUUCCUACGAGCAUGAACAAUACAUUAUCUGCUAUUUAUGAUCGGGGACUCUUAGGUGCUUUUCAUGAUUGGUGUGAACCGUUCUCGACAUAUCCUCGCACAUAUGAUUUGUUGCAUGCCAAUUAUCUGUUCGCUCAUUACAGAAACCAUGGAGAAGGUUGCUUAUUAGAAGAUAUAAUGCUGGAGAUGGACCGUGUCAUACGACCUCAGGGAUUUAUUAUCAUUAGAGAUGAAGAAUCCAUCAUAGCAAGAAUCCGUGAAUUAGCACCAAAAUUUCUGUGGGAUGUUAAAUCACAUGCUAUGGAAAACAAAGAAAAGAAGCUCGAAACGGUGCUAAUUUGUAGAAAGAAGUUUUGGGCAAUCAUCUAAGGUGUGCUCCCAUAUACAUAUUUUCCACUAACAAAUUUUCUCUCAACCUAGAAAGGCUACUUGUACCAUGAGUCUGCUAGAUCUUCUCUUAUGUUCUAUCCUUCUUUCUCUGGCGGCGUUGCCAUAUGCUUAUGGACCUGAGAGAUGAGGUCAGGUUAUAAGCCUGUAAUUUGUUUAUUUAUUGCUUUGUAAUUAUUUCAUUUCAUGUGUUUGUUAGUUUUUCACUUUUGACAAAAGUUUUAACAUCUAAAUGGAUAUGAGAUUAUAGAGCUAGUUACCUCUCUUGCA